CAUGAAGAGAAACAGUAAUCUCAAAUAGAAAGCAUUAAAAAGAAGAUUUUUUCAUGAGGUAAAGAGAGUGAGAGAGAAGGUCGCAAAGAAAUGGUGAGAUGGGUGAACGGUGGAAGAGGAAAAUUACUGCCAUUUUUGGGGAUGUUGUUGGCUAUGCUAACUCAAAGUGGAAGCAUGGUGGUCAUAAAAUUUGCCAUGACUGAUGGUAUCAACAAAUAUGUUAUGGUUGUUUAUUCUAUGGCUCUCUCCUCCUUCUUCCUUCUUCCCUUUGCCUUGUUUCAACACAGGUCAGAAGGUCCUCCUCUCACAUUCUCUGCACUCUGUAGCUUCCUUUUGCUUGCUCUCUUUGUGAGUUCAGCACAGAUAAUGUCUUAUAUUGGCAUAGAACUAAGCUCUCCAACUCUUGCAUCAGCAAUACUUAACCUUGUUCCAGCUUUCACUUUUGUACUUGCCCUCAUUUUCAGGAUGGAAAAAGUAGAGUGGAGAAAUUUUAGCAGUGAAGCUAAAGUGUUAGGAACAGUAGUCUCAAUUAGUGGAGCUUUUGUUGUAAUACUUUACAAGGGUCCACCCAUUGGGAUGAAAGUUCAGUUUUCGACACAAUUAAAUUGGAUCUUGGGAGGGAUAUGCUGCGUUGCCGAUUCUUUAUUUACUUCUAUGUGGUACAUAUAUCAGGCUUCGGUAGCAAAGAAAUACCCUGCUGUAACAGUGAUACUGUUCUUCCAGUUCUUGUUUUCAACCAUUCCUUGUGGAAUAUUUGCUUUAAUUUCUGUGAGAGACCCAACUGAAUGGAAGCUCAGCUUCGACGCAGGGUUGAGUGUCGUUUUGUAUCAGGCAAUAGGUGCGACCAUGCUACGUUACGUGCUAUGCACGUGGUGUGUCCACAGGGAAGGACCUUUGUUUUGUGCUAUGUUCAAGCCUGUGGGAAUCAUCUUCACAGCAAUCAUGAGUGCAAUUUUUCUUGGGGAGAAUCUUGGCCUUGGAAGUUUGAUUGGUGGGGUUAUAAUCGUGGUAGGGUUUUAUGCUGUUCUGUGGGGAAAAUCCAGAGAGGAGAACAAUGAUGAGAAAAAGGUUGAAAACUUGGAAUCAUCGUGUCAUAAUCUUCCUUUAUUACAAAAUAGGGUAUAACAGGUAUCAAGAACAAGAAAUAGCUCUCUAAAGCAAGAAAGACUUUGAACAUUUUGUUCAUGUUGGACAUUUGGACCAUAUUGAAAA